CUUCCGAAUACCAAAAAGCGCCAUACUCUCUCUUCCUCUCCCAUGCUCUCUGAUUACUACUCUUCCGUCUUCUUCUUCAUUCUCCGAUAUUUUCCUCCAGACACGCCAAAUCCAUUUUUUUUUCUCCACCUUUUUACCCAUUGCCCUAGCGCUCCGCAUAUUCAUAUUCCCUUUUCCUCUACAAAUAUCUUCUCUCUCGCUGUUUCCUUCUGCCUCUGAGAUUUUUAUUUCCAUUUUUUUUUUUGUUUUUUCCGCAACUUGCUCCAUUCAAAGCGCUGUCUCUCUGUGAAUAAAGAGUCCGGAGAUUUUUACGAUUUUGAAUUUUCUUAGCAUGAUUGGGGCAGCUUUGAGCUUCUCAAUCUGAGCAUCGGAGCUAAGGCGUUUUCGCUCAAAGUAUUUCCUAGAAGUUGGUGAAAAAAAUUGGUCAUGGCAACUAAGAAAGCUAAUAAUGGUAGUGCUGCGCCUGGCAUCCCUGCUGAAAUUCCGGCUAUUGCUCACCCCUUGGCUGAAGAACCUGCUGAGAUUGCAUCUAAUAUCAAUUACCAUGUGCAAUACAGUCCUCAUUUUUCUCCUUUCAAGUUUGAGCCAGAGCAAGCUUAUUAUGCAACAGCUGAGAGUGUCCGCGAUCGUCUGAUACAACAAUGGAAUGAUACAUAUGUUCACUAUCACAAGACUGAUCCAAAGCAAACAUACUACUUAUCCAUGGAGUAUCUUCAAGGGCGUGCCUUGACCAAUGCAAUUGGAAACCUUAACAUCCAAGAUGCAUAUGCUGAUGCUUUAAAUAAGCUGGGGCAUGGACUUGAGGAAAUUGCUGAGCAGGAAAAAGAUGCGGCACUAGGAAAUGGUGGACUGGGAAGGCUUGCUUCAUGCUUCCUUGACUCCAUGGCAACAUUAAAUUUGCCUGCGUGGGGAUAUGGUUUGAGAUACAGAUAUGGGCUGUUCAAGCAAAGGAUCACGAAGGAGGGCCAAGAAGAAAUUGCCGAAGAUUGGCUUGAGAAGUUCAGUCCUUGGGAAGUUGUCAGGCAUGAUGUUGUAUUUCCUGUCAGAUUCUUUGGUCACGUUGCAGUCAGUCCCUCUGGAUCCCGUAAAUGGAUUGGGGGAGAGGUCAUGAAGGCUCUAGCCUAUGAUGUGCCAAUUCCAGGAUACAAAACCAAAAACACUAUAAGCCUUCGUCUCUGGGAAGCAAAAGCUGGUGCUGAGGAUUUUAACUUAUUUCAGUUUAAUGAUGGACAAUAUGAAGUUGCUGCACAGCUUCAUUCUCGAGCUCAGCAGAUUUGUGCUGUUCUAUAUCCUGGAGAUGCUACAGAAAGUGGAAAGCUUUUGCGACUAAUGCAACAAUUUUUCCUAUGCAGUGCCUCACUUCAGGACAUUAUUUUCAGAUUCAAGGAGAGGAAAGAUGGGGGCUCAUGGCAAUGGUCUGAAUUUCCCAGUAAGGUAGCAGUGCAGUUGAAUGAUACACAUCCUACUCUUGCAAUUCCAGAAUUGAUGCGAUUACUGAUGGAUGACGAAGGACUUGCAUGGGAUGAAGCUUGGGAUGUGACAUCAAGAACAAUUGCCUAUACAAAUCACACUGUCCUUCCUGAAGCACUUGAGAAAUGGUCACAAGUUGUAAUGUGGAAGCUUCUUCCACGCCAUAUGGAAAUCAUAGAAGAAAUUGAUAAGCGGUUCAUCACUAUGAUACGCUCCAGUCGAACUGAUCUUGAGAGUAAAAUUCCCAAUAUGUGUAUCUUAGAUAAUAAUCCCCAAAAGCCAGUGGUGCGGAUGGCAAAUCUGUGUGUGGUAUCUGCACAUUCGGUAAAUGGUGUUGCUCAGUUACACAGUGAUAUUUUAAAAGCUGAGUUAUUUGCAGACUAUGUCUCUAUAUGGCCCACCAAGUUCCAGAAUAAAACCAAUGGCAUUACCCCUCGCCGGUGGCUCCGGUUUUGCAGUCCUGAGCUUAGUAACAUAAUAAGCAAAUGGUUAAAAACUGAUGAAUGGGUUACCAACCUUGACAAACUUGCAAAUCUACGGAAAUUUUCCGACAAUGAAGAAUUCCAGGCUGAAUGGGCAUCUGCAAAGAUGGCUAACAAGCAGCGUUUGGCACAGUACAUACUGCAAGUAACAGGUGAAAGCAUUGACCCAAAUAGUUUAUUUGACAUACAAGUCAAGCGCAUCCACGAAUAUAAGAGACAGCUGCUAAAUAUUCUGGGUGCAAUCUAUAGGUACAAGAAGUUAAAGGAGAUGAGCCCUGAAGAACGAAAGAAUACAACACCACGCACGAUCAUGAUUGGAGGAAAAGCAUUCGCUACAUACACCAAUGCUAAAAGGAUAGUCAAGCUGGUGAAUGAUGUUGGUGCUGUUGUCAACACUGAUCCUGAAGUCAAUGAGUAUUUGAAGGUUGUUUUUGUUCCAAAUUAUAAUGUGUCUGUGGCAGAGGUGCUUAUUCCAGGAAGUGAGUUGUCACAGCACAUCAGCACAGCUGGCAUGGAAGCCAGUGGGACAAGCAACAUGAAAUUUGCACUCAACGGUUGCCUCAUAAUAGGAACAUUGGAUGGGGCUAACGUGGAAAUCAGGGAGGAAAUCGGGGAGGAGAACUUUUUUCUCUUUGGUGCCACAGCAGAUGAAGUCCCUAAGUUGCGCAAGAAAAGAGAGGCUGGACUGUUCAAGCCAGAUCCCCGGUUUGAAGAGGCCAUGCAAUUCAUAAGAACUGGAGCAUUUGGAAGCUAUGAUUACAAUCCACUCCUCGAGUCUCUGGAGGGAAAUUCUGGUUAUGGUCGUGGCGAUUACUUUCUUGUUGGUCACGACUUCCCUGGCUACAUGGAUGCUCAGGCAAGAGUGGAUGAAGCCUACAAGGAUAGGAAAAGAUGGCUAAAGAUGUCUAUAUUGAGCACUGCUGGGAGUGGCAAAUUCAGCAGUGAUCGAACCAUAGCUCAAUACGCCAAGGAAAUUUGGAACAUAGAGGAGUGUCCAGUUCCGUAACUCUUUCCCAGCACCUCUUCAAUGCCGCAUUUCUACGAUCACCCAUCUUUUAUAUAAUAAUGUUACAUAUAUCACACAUUCCAAUAAGAAAGUUCGGGGGAAAAGGAAGGCUGACACUGCUUGAUAAUUUCCACCAUCAUCCUGUCUGGUUAUUAUUUUAUUAAACGCGUGACUUCCUUAUUUGCUUCUUCUUCUUUUAUAUUAACAUUAUUAUUCUAAAAUACAAGUUUUUUGAACAGCA